AUGUCUAAUAACUAUAAGUAACCCAAUACAAGUUUUGAUGAAAAUAAAGAAAGUUUCACUUCCCUUUUAAUGAUGAGCGAACAAGAAUCAUAAGAAUAAGGUUGUUUUAAUAACUAUUUGUUAGCUUUUUCUAAUUACAGUACUUAAAAUAAUUACCUGAAUCUUUUCAAUUUCGAUUGUCAAGAGAAUUCUAGCGACAAUGCAGAGAGCUUAAAACUCACUAUAAAGAAAGGGAUAUAGAAAGAUCAAUUUCAAAAAAAUAUCCGCAACAAACACUUAAAGAAAACAUAAUACAAAAAAAAGGUGAAAAGAAUUAAAGAAUUCCAACUUCAAGAGGACAUAAGACUUCUAAAAUUAGUCUAUCAACACGGAAGACAAUUUUCCAGAAUAGUGAAGUAAUUCCCCAAAAGGACUGUUAGUAUGCUUAAAAAUAGAUAUUACAAGAACCUAAGAUAUAGAUGGGAGGAAUUGAUGGGAAUUAAAUACAUGGAAAAUGAGAUUGAAGAAAAAACUAACAAAUAGAUCGUUGGAUUCAAUAGAGACAACCAUUCCGUUGAUCGUCAAGACUUAAUCAACAUGUUACCAAAUGCAUAUGGUUGUCCAAUAAUAUGUAAUAUGCUCUCAUCAUUCAUUACAAAAAUGGAUUAAUUUCUCAAAACUCAAUUUUGA